AUGAGCAAGCCAGCUUCCCAGCUGAGCGAGCGCGACGUGCAGCACAUGCGCAUCCACCGGCGCCUGAACGACCUGCGCAUGCAGCCACUCAAAUCGCUCCCCAUGACGCUCUUCAUGAUGUGGAUGGUGGGCAAUGAGGUGAGCAUCUUCUCCAUCAUGUUCGUCGGCAUGGCCGUGGUGAACCCGCUGCAGUCCAUCCUGGGCACCGGCAACGUGUUCAACGAGUUCAGCGAGGAGGCGGAGAAGGACACCACCAUCCGCAGCGCCGUCAAUCAGUCGAAGCUGGUCUACAUCGGCGCCAGCCUGCUCGCCUUCGCCGUGGCGUUGGUGAAGCUGAGUUGGAUGGGCCUCAUGCCGGUGAACGCGAUGGACUGGCUCGACAGCACGCCGCCGAGCUACAAGGAGUACAGCCAGGGCGUCGCCUUCCACUGA